CUACAUCAAUUGGUAAGUUGGAUUCUCUUCAAUCUACAAGUCCUCCUUUCGCAAUGUUCUGGGAAUCGCUGCAUACAUUUUCUUCAAUCACACGCAACGUUGACGAAUGUGGUGUAUUCACCCAACAAAUGUUGAAUUCCCGGCGCUUGAGCAAUUUCGGGUCCUUGUGGUCCGAGAGGAAUGGACAAACUCUCUUCCUUUGGAUGUAUUGAACCUUUCAACUUACCAUAUGCAAAACGACCACGAUGACAACCCCAGCAACGAACUCCAAGCGGAAGCGGACCACAGACGAGGUUGCAGCUGGCUCCUCAGCGUCGCAGGAGAAGAAGGCCAAGCUGAGAGCACCUCAUUUCUCGGCACCAGCUGAGAUGGUCACGUUUCUGGUUGGUAAAGCAGGAAGCGAAGAACCCUUUUUAGUCCACAAAGAAUUCGUUUGCUAUUAUUCGCCAGCCUUACGAGCCGCGUUCAAUAGUUCCUUCGUUGAAGGCCAAACGCAAACUUAUCGACUUGAAGAUAUCAGCACGAAUGCAUUCCGUCUCUUUGUGCAAUGGCUUUACAGUCAAAAGAUGGACCUUCAUGUUGGCAUCGACAGUGUUCCAGACAACUCUGUUCAACCUGUUGCAGGUGCUGGAAAGAAUGGAAGCAAUGGGCCCGGCAGUGGAAGCGAUGGAAACGAUGGAAACAAAGAAGACAAAGAAGAGGCUCGGAGAGCUCAAGACCUCGAUCUUGCUCAGUUAUGGGUAGUAGGCGACCGACUCUUCAUACCCAGCCUUCAGAAUGCUGUCAUCUUGGCGUGGUAUAAGCUCUGGCACAGCAAUGACGGAAGGUCAUGUUCCACGAGUUGGAUCAAUUACGCUUAUGAGCAUACGUGCGUAGGAAGUCAUUUGAGAAACCUGGCUGUUGACGAGCUCGCGUAUCCGGUCAACCCUGAUGAAAUUAAGAAGCACGCAGAAGAGCUUCCUCGCGAGAUGCUCAUUGAUUUGACCCUAGUCUAUUCCAAAGCUGUCUGGCCAAUAGACGAGGAGGACGACUUCCAGAAGGAGUGGGCGGGCGAGUAUUCGGACAAGAGGCCUGGCAGCAUGAGGAGAAUAGGACAUCGAUACCGAUGUACCAGAACUUGGAGGAACUAUCUCGUUCCGGAGGACGAAGGCUGAAUGGCGCUCUGUUUUGGAAUAAGGCUCAUGGUUUCUACCAUGUCGCUGAGGAACCUCGGAGAUGGAGGAUCCCUCUAUUUACUUUCAAACCUGGUAGCGGAAUGAUACCCCUUGCCUAACGAAUUAUGAGUAUUUGAAGAAAAUUAGAGACGAAGUGUGCUUG